AUGUCAUUCGGCGCCAAAGGUAAAACAACCAUCUUUUCCCUUCCAAGGCCGGAUUAUGAAGAGAUAAAAAGGCAUCUAGAAGAGCUGGGCGCAGAUAUGGUCAUAUCGGACAUCGACCUCGAGACGAGCUCUAACGAUUUGGAGAAGAAAAUUAUCGAGAAAUUCGGAUCACUGCCAAUCCUCGGGCUAAAUUGCGUUGGAGGCUCAAAUGCUUUGGGACUUGCAAAGCUGCUCCAAAACAACGGAUUGCUCCUCACAUAUGGAGCAAUGGCAAAAAGGCCCAUAACUCUUCCCGCCUCGCUUUUGAUAUUUAAGAACAUCACAUUCAAGGGGUUUUGGCUAUCGUCUCUGGAUAAAGCUGCUGAUGAACCCAAUGCCCGCUCCCAACGGAUCGUAUCUGAGAUUUCAAAAUGGAUUAAAAUGGGAACGUUUAAACUAGACUUUACCACACACCCUAUGGAUUCGUGGCAACAUGCUAUCGACACGGCUAUCAAAUCAAGCUUUACAAAGAGCAAGCAAAUACUGCUUCUUUCCCCGGAACGCGAUUAA